AGUGCGAGCCCGACGAUCGCGCACACGCGGAAACCGAAUGCUGUGAGUUUCGCAUAUUUUGACAGAAGUAGCCGUCAGUUUUUGAAGUUUCUCUCUCCGCCGUCGCCGUGUUGGGUUUUGGGUAAGAGUAUGUAAACAAAAAAGUGGGAGACGCUCAUGGUUGGGAAAAUUAUAUUGCACCUCAGCGCGGCGGACGGAGAAAAUAGGACGAGAUGAAUAAUUUUUCUGCUACUGGUGGUUGGAGGAUUCACACUCGCGGUGAGAGUGGUCGAAUGUUGGAAAAAUCGCGAGAGCCUGGGGAGUGAAUUUUCCAUCAGCAGCACACAGCACGGACGAGCAGACAGCAGCGUUUCAGAGCAGAGCCAACGAGAAAAGGGAAAAACCUUUCGCAGUCGAGUUCUGUCCAUUCUGGCAUUGAGAGUGGUGUACGAGGAGGAAAAGUUUUUCUCCUUUCUCGACCUGGUGUGUGGUGUGAAUUUUUCAAGAAGAAAAAACCCUGGUGAAAAGUGCUGUUCCACUGUCGAACGCACGUUAGGACUCGUCAGGACUGCCCCAGGGAACUUCCGCUGGCCGGCUGCAUGAUUAUCCAACAACGGAAAGCCUACGGAUUGAGUGCAUUUAGUUAGUGGCCUCGGCUACAUUAGGAGGAUAGGGCCGAAGAAACGGAACAGAGCUCUUUGCUAAGCUGCCCGAAACGCGGACUGACUGGCUGGCCCCGUCGCGAUAUACAUAGAGUUAGUGCUCUGCUGGUGUGAUAUAAUGUGAUUUUUCCUCCUAUUUUCCGUGCGUUCAAGUGUGGGCCGCAAAGCUGAACUCGGUGUGCUUGGAAUUCGACAGGAAAAAAAGAAGAAAAGAUCGAUUUGUGCUGGCUGGUGGCCAGUCCCGUGUAUUGGUGUGCGCGUGUGUGUGUAUAUGGCCAUCAGCUUUGCAUUUGGGUUUGCAGUGGAAAAAGUGGCAAACUGCUAGCGGAAAUUGUUCCAUUUAUGUGAGUUUCUUUUUCGAUUUUUCUAGGGAAAAGUUGCGAGCACUACCCGUGCCCUUCUACCUUUACACGGAUUUAUCGGAUCGGUGCAUGAGUUAACCGUCCAUGGCACGGAGUGCCCUGUGUCCUAAGAGCGUAAAUCAGUGUUGACCCAAAAUUUGCUAGCUAGACAGAAAAGAAUUGUUCGACUGAACGAAAAACAGCAGAGUCCGAAUCCGAAGUUAAGGAAAAGAUAGCGAAAAACGUGAAAAACCGCGGUGUCUGUGUCUGUGCUAGAAAUUCGAGGAAAAUUAUGUAAUAAGUUGGUAUAUUUUCACUCUCCCAACAUCUUCUGCAGAGCGGAUUUUCCCUCACAUCGAUUUCGACGUCGGACGCGCUCCGGAUCGCGCUCUAGAGUCGGUGAGUCUGUUGUUGCUCGAGUUGCCUGAGGGAAGAUGACAAUGAUGGCUCCCAUUUGACGGUCGCAGGAUUAGCGUUUUUUCCUUCGAUGAAGCUGCUCCGAAUGGUGACCACACUGACUUGGACUGCAGCAAGCCACCAACAGCAUCAACAGCGGAAGGAAAAGCGGAAAAGUGUUGUGUGAUUUAACCACACAAACCCCCCGCGAAUCAAAAAAAAAAAAGAAUAAUUCAAGAUAGAGAGCUAGGCUCCACUAGAAAACAGUACUCCUUCGAGUUCUCCUGUUCGAAUACUAGCAAAAGGAGAAAAUAGGAGAGUAGAGCAGCCGAGCGAGAGCCAGCUGCUGGUGGAAAAACACACGCUUGUCCCUUCCACCCCGUGAAAGCAGCCAGGCAGAAGGCACUGAGCGGAAAAAUCGACCGAGUUGAAAUAGGACCAACAUCUUUCUCCUCUUCUUUAAUGGAUUAGAAUACAGAAGCAGCAGAAGAAGCAAAAUAACCGCACUCACUAAGCUCCCGGUCAGCAGUUAUCAAGAUAACAAUCGAACAACGCAUGUGUGGAUUUCUCCGGAAUCGAUAGCUACCGAUUGCUGAUCGAUCGAUUUGGAAUAGCGACCCGUUCCGGUUUCGAAGCUUUUGAAAAACGAAGAAGAAUCAUUACCGAGCAGUGAAAUGUUGUUGUUAUAGUGUUUACCUUAAACGACAGUACGCUAGCGUGAGAGAAGGUGGGGUGUCGGAAAAGUUUCCUCAUAUUUUUUCGUUGUUGUUGUUGUUGAGCGGAACACUGCGCCAAGUUGUGAGAAAAAUUCGUUACAAACGGAGCAAAACGACGACGAACACCCGGACAGAACAAUGGCAGUUAGUUAGAAGUGUGUGGUGCGACACGGGUUUUAUUGUGAGUUGGACCCUAGCAGCAGCAGCCGCCGAAGCAGCAGAGGAAGUGGAAGGAAAAGCGACGCGACGCCGUAGAAGAAGACGACUGCUGUUUGCACCGAGAGGGCCUCCUCCUUGCUGGUUCCUCCGCUGAAGGAGGGAAAUUCGACGCGUUCAAGCAAAACAAAAAAAAAAAACGAGUCUAAGGGCGGAAGUUACACACUUCUCACACUCACUGAUAUAUAUAAAAAAUAGAUUAUCUACUACCUACUGUUACUACUAAAUCUACUACUACUACUACCACUACUGAAUACGCUCUAGUGAGAGAAAAAAAACAAGAAAAGAGAAGAUUAGUGUUUAGGAAUUCGUUGAAAAAAAACAGACAAACAAACAAAAAAUCUACUACUAACAUCCCCAACGCUUUAAACAAACCAACAAAAAACAAAAAAGAUUUAAAGAAAACACACAGCCCAAUAUUAAAAUAAGUUAAAUCGAAGUUAGUAAAGAGAAUAAAAAACAAGCAAACAAAGUAAACAGCAAAAAUGGCGACGAUAGACGGACGACCGGCUCAGUACCAGAUCACGCUGAAGAACCUGCGCGAGAUCAUGGAGCACCGGGGCCGGGAUGCGGUGGCCAUCGUGGCCGAGUACGGCGGCGUGCACGAGAUCUGCCGGAAGCUGUACACCUCGCCGAACGAGGGCCUCAGCGGUUCGAAGGCGGACAUCGAGCACCGGCGGGAAACGUUCGGGUCGAACAUCAUCCCGCCGAAACCCCCGAAAUCGUUCCUGACGCUGGUGUGGGAAGCGCUGCAGGACGUGACGCUGAUCAUUCUGGAGAUUGCGGCCAUCAUCUCGCUGCUGCUGUCGUUCUACCAGCCGGCGGACGACGAUGAGCCGGCCCUCGAGGAGGAGGAGGAACAUUACGCGUGGAUCGAGGGGCUCGCUAUUCUGGUGUCGGUGUUUGUGGUCGUAAUAGUGACGGCGUUCAAUGAUUACUCGAAGGAGAAGCAGUUUCGAGGGUUGCAGUCGCGGAUCGAGGGCGAGCACAAGUUUUCCGUGAUUCGGGGCGGCGAUGCGGUUCAGAUCAAUAUCGGUGACAUUGUGGUUGGUGAUAUUUGCCAGAUUAAGUACGGUGAUUUGCUGCCCGCGGAUGGGAUACUGAUUCAGAGUAACGAUCUUAAGAUUGACGAGUCUUCGCUGACGGGCGAGUCGGAUCAUGUGAAGAAAAGUGAGUCCACCAAUCCGAUGGUUUUGUCCGGGACGCACGUUAUGGAGGGAAGUGGAAAGAUGGUUGUCACGGCGGUUGGUGUUAAUUCGCAGGCUGGUAUAAUCUUUACCCUGUUGGGGGCGGCCGUUGACGAGCACGAAGCGGCAGCGAAGAAGCAGAAGAAGGACGCCAAGAAGAAGAAGCUGAAAGAUGGCGGCGAUGAGAUCACGAACAACAGCCACCAUCCGUCGCUGAAGCCGCAAACGACAGUGGAUUCGAUCACUUCCGAUGAUGGGGAUGAGAGUAAGGCUGGCGGAGGUGGUGGUGGUGGCCAUGGUGGAAAGGAAAAAUCGGUUCUACAGGCGAAGCUAACGAAACUGGCCAUUCAGAUCGGUUAUGCCGGAUCGACCAUCGCCGUGCUGACGGUUAUCAUUUUGAUCAUUCAGUUCUGCAUUCAAACGUUCGUUAUCGAGCAGAAGCCGUGGAAGAAUUCGUACGCUAAUAAUCUGGUUAAGCAUUUCAUCAUCGGUGUGACCGUGCUGGUCGUUGCCGUUCCGGAGGGUCUCCCGUUGGCCGUCACCCUGUCGCUGGCCUACUCGGUUAAGAAGAUGAUGAAGGACAACAAUUUGGUUCGACAUUUGGACGCUUGCGAGACGAUGGGCAACGCCACUGCCAUUUGUUCCGAUAAGACGGGAACGCUCACGACCAACCGGAUGACCGUCGUGCAGUCGUACAUCUGCGAGAAGCUGUGCAAGGUGACGCCGAAGUUCGGCGACAUUCCGCGGAUAGUGGGCGAAGCGAUCGUCGAAGGUAUCUCGCUCAAUUCGGCCUACACAACGUGUCUGAUGCCGGGACAGAAUCCGGGCGAUCCGCUGCAGCAGGUUGGCAACAAGACGGAGUGUGCGUUGUUGGGAUUUGUGCAGGGAGUUGGGAAGAGCUAUCAGAGCAUUCGGGAUGCCCAUCCGGAGGAUUCGUUCACCCGAGUGUAUACGUUCAAUUCGGUGCGUAAAUCGAUGAGUACGGUUAUUCCGCGACCGGGCGGAGGCUAUCGGGUGUACAGCAAGGGUGCGUCGGAGAUUAUGCUGAAGAAGUGCGCUUUUAUCUACGGACAGGAUGGGGUGCUGGAGAAGUUUACCCGCGACAUGCAGGAGCGGCUGAUUCAUCAGGUGAUCGAACCGAUGGCGUGCGAUGGGCUGCGAACGAUUUGUGUCGCGUUCCGCGACUUUGUGCCCGGCAAGGCGGAGAUCAAUCAGGUGCACUGCGAUGGCGAGCCUAACUGGGACGAAGAAGAUAAUAUUGUGAGCAAUUUGACGUGUUUGUGUGUGGUUGGAAUCGAGGAUCCGGUUCGGCCGGAGGUACCGGAUGCAAUCAGGAAGUGUCAACGGGCGGGAAUAACCGUUCGGAUGGUUACCGGUGAUAAUAUUAAUACGGCCCGGUCGAUCGCUACCAAGUGCGGUAUCAUCCGACCGCAGGAUGACUUUUUGAUUUUGGAAGGGAAGGAGUUUAACCGGCGGAUUCGCGAUAGCAACGGAGACAUUCAGCAGCAUUUGUUGGAUAAGGUUUGGCCGAAGCUGCGGGUAUUGGCCCGCUCGUCACCGACCGAUAAGUACAAUCUGGUGAAGGGCAUCAUCGACAGUAAGGUUUCGGAUAAUCGCGAGGUGGUCGCCGUCACCGGUGACGGUACGAACGACGGACCGGCCCUGAAGAAGGCGGAUGUCGGUUUUGCGAUGGGAAUUGCCGGCACGGACGUGGCCAAGGAAGCGUCGGAUAUUAUACUUACGGAUGAUAACUUUAGCAGCAUCGUUAAGGCGGUUAUGUGGGGUCGGAACGUGUACGAUUCGAUCGCCAAGUUUUUGCAGUUCCAAUUGACGGUCAACGUGGUGGCAGUUAUUGUGGCAUUUAUCGGUGCUUGUGCCGUGCAGGAUUCGCCGCUGAAGGCGGUCCAGAUGCUGUGGAUGAAUUUGAUUAUGGACACGCUUGCGUCGUUGGCGUUGGCCACGGAAAUGCCGACGGCCGAUCUGCUGCUGCGCAAACCGUACGGCCGAACGAAACCACUGAUCUCACGCACAAUGAUGAAGAACAUUCUGGGGCAGGCUCUGUACCAGCUGGUGAUCGUUUUCGCGCUGCUCUUCGUUGGCGAUUGGUUCCUGGACAUCGAGUCGGGUCGAGGCCAACCGCUGAAUGCCGAAGCGACCCAGCACUUUACCAUCAUCUUCAACGUGUUCGUCUUCAUGACCCUGUUCAACGAGCUGAACGCGCGCAAGAUCCACGGGCAACGGAACAUCUUCCAGGGUCUCUUCACGAAUCCGAUCUUCUACAGCAUCUGGGUCAUUACGCUGGUGUCGCAGAUCUUCAUCAUCCAGUUCGGCAAGGUGGCCUUCUCGACCAAGGCCCUGAACAUCGAGCAGUGGCUGUGGAGUGUGUUCUUCGGCCUCGGCACCCUGAUCUGGGGCCAGCUCGUUACGUCCAUCCCGACCCGCAAGAUGCCCAAGAAGAUGGCGUGGGGACGCGGCGAAGGCGCCGAGUACGCCGAAGCGAUCCGGCUCGGUGAGGAGCGCUACGACUCCAUGGACAAUGACAAGAAACCCCGUGCAGGUCAGAUAUUAUGGAUCCGUGGCCUUACUAGGCUGCAGACCCAGCUUCGUGUUGUACGUGCAUUUCGAUCCACAUUAGAAGAUUUAGAAGAACGUCGUUCCAUUCAUAGCUUGCAUAGUCUUAGAAGUUCACGCAGUCAUCCCGGAGGCAUGAGCACGAGUGGUACAAUGACUAGUCAAGGUCUCUCAAAUCUCUUAUAUCCACCAGGUUCCAACAUCCCAACCGGCCGGCUAAUAGGUACUAAUGUUGGCGAUCUUAAGUAUAUUGAUGAAGAUCAAAGACUUCAUAAUAAUCAGCAUAUUAUAGGUAUAAACAACAAAGUAGAAUACAGUAUAUAAAUUUAAUUUAUAUAUCUUACCACACACGCAUAUGUAUUCUAUUCUAUUAUAUAUACAUAUUUGGAACUUCGUAUGUUCGAUUCAAAAAGCAAACAAACAAAAAACAAUAUAGGAACUUCAAACUGAUCAAAAAAAAAAAAAAUCAAACAAAACAAGAAAAAAACAACAAGGAACUUGAAAAAUUCCAAGGAAUCUUUCAUUCUUUUCUCUUGUCUUUGAGACACACGUUGCCGGAUCGACUUGCCGGAGAGCAACAAACCUACUACCGAUCCUCUAAAAAGUAGGAAAGAAUAAAAACAAAAAUCAAAACAAAGCAAGCAAAAUUUACCAAGUGCAUAUUACUUUGAUUGAUUUUAAUUCUAACCUUUAAUUCUUCACCCUUCUAUAAUCUCGUGCAUAUUGAUUAAUUAACCAUUACCUAAUUAUAAUCGGUUUGAAUUCUUUCUCACUUUUUUUUCGAUUCCACUGUGUAUUUAUUUUCCAUUGUGUAACCAACCGAAUUAAUUUCAGUAAAAAAACGUACGUUCCACUUAAGUCUGUACAGAGUAUAUUUACUACCAUUUGUCCACUACUAUUAUAUUGUUUGUUUAGUUUUUUCUUUCUUUUUAACUUCUAACCUCUAACGUUUAGUUACUUACCGGUAUCUCCACACACACCCACACACCAUUCUCCCCUUCCGUGCGGUUUUACUCUACUCAAUCUAGAAGUUGUAACACUUUUCCCCCUUUUUACCAGUUUAAAAAGCUAUUAUUAAGUACAACACACUACCGUUUUAUUAUUUUGUUGGUUUGAUUGCGUGUGAGCGUUGUUCUAUAUGAUAAUAAUUACCUUAGCAUUGUUGUAAAAACAAUCCUUUUUAGCGGUUGCCUCGGAAACUGAUUGGUGUGUAACACAAAAAGAAAAAAAAACCGAUCAAAGCAACCACGGUCAGUUUCCGAACCAAAACACAAAACAAUCUGUGGUUUUCGUUUUCUUUUUGUUUCUUAUGUUAAGUUUCGAACUAGGUUUUCCCUGCGUAACAGUUAAAGCAGUUAGAGCACAAAGUUAGAGGACUGUUGCGCGUUCAAUCAAGACUAGAAGGACACACACAAAAAAAAAAAAACAGAUGAAUCAAACACUUGUACACAUUAUAGUUUUUAGCGAACGAAAAACGAAAAAUAACACAAACUUAUUAUAACUACAGCUUGCUGUAGCUGUUGUAGCAGGUAUGCAAAUUUCGAAAUUGCGAAAAGUGUUCCCUGUCACUUUGCGAGCGUGUCCCGCUCAAUCAAGCGCGUUGUUGUUUCUUUUUUUUCCCCCAAAGAAAAAAAAAUCUCACAGUCAAAACAUCUUCUGCACCCCCGCCCGUUCCGAAUCCGAUUGCAGCAAGCGGCUGCGGAGCAGCCCCACCGAAGAAGGAUAAAUAAACGAGAUUUAUUUCGUUUGCAGUACUUAAACCAUCUCCGGUCCUCUGGUCCUUUCGCGUUCGCGUUCGCGUUCGUUGUUCAUUUCCGUUGUUCCGUUAGCUGGCAGGCCCAUCCACACAGCAUCCUUCCACGGGGAGGAGGGGUUAAUCAUUGAAUGGAGGGUUGCAUUUUUUAUGCGACCGACCCCACCUUUAGCUGGUUGGUUGGCUGUGGCCAACCACCGGGCAGCAGCAGCAGCAGCAGCAGCGGUGGUUGUAAAUUUAGAACUCAAUUCCGGGUUUUCCCCCUCCGCACCACAUUCAUCGGUGGAAAUUCCAACCGAUCCUACCGGACCGGACCGACUGACUGUGUGUCAUCCAUUCCUUCCAUAGAACGACCGACCACAGCACAAUCAAAGUAGGCCACUCCGCUGCUGCGCUGUGCUGUGCUGUGCUGUGUGAAUGGAAUUGAAUGAUGAUGGCAUCGGUUGCCAUCUUCGGCUGCUCUGCUGUGAAGGUGGGAUGGGGGUGGAAACUGCACCACACUGAAAGAAAUGCACGUUUUGAAGUUUAGCCUUUUAAUUUUUGCUUUCAAUUCUUCCAACGCAACGUAAGAGAGAAAAGGAAAUGGUUUUAUUUUAUUUGGAAUUGGCAAUUCUGCUCUCAUAACGAGUCAGUUUUCGAAAAAUGCUAACGUCAGGGAACAAUGCCAGCGAACAACGAUUGGGUUGGACGUCUUUUUUUUUGCUUGACCCUUGCUGUGGAGCUGGGUGGGUGCCCCUACCCACUUUCGGCACACUCUAUCACAACGGUUCGAUCGAUUUUCCCUUCGGAUUUUGCUCCCACAACAACGAACGCUUGCUCCACUGGAAGCUAUUUUUGUCGUUUAGAUUUCAAGUUGGUUCGUCGGUAGGUACCAAAGUUCUUUUAGCAAAUUGAAAACCAACAACAACCGGGACACACCAAUGCCGUACUACUACCGUACCGGAAGCACAGGGAGCGAGCAGGAUGUGCCAGUCUGGGCUUGGUUUUAUUAAUAUUGCUUCGCCUUCUUUCCUCAAGGGAUUUCCGGCUGAAAAUCCGUGGAAGCACUCGGUGGUAGGGGUGGUCGGUCGGUACUCGGUACGGAACGGAACGGACGGUACCAUUCAAUUAAAUAGUCGACACUUUGGUUUGACCCGAAUCGGAGUUGUUGAGAAAAUUGUUGAAAAUUUUAUUGGCAUGCACUUGCAGUGACGCAGAUUAUAAGCUAGAAACUAAAUGUGGUUUUCAAGUUUUUACGAUCUGGAUUCGACCGCCAGUGGCAGAGGUUCUUUAAAAUGGCUUCGAAGGGCAGGAAAUGCUUUGUUCACUUUUUGGCUGGAGUUUGAUUUUUUCGAUUUGAACAUUUCUGCCAAAAGUUCAGAUAUCUUCCAAUAGACAAGAGUCAGUUAAGACAAUAACUGUUUAGAAGCAAGCCAAACCAUUCAUCAACCCAUUUCACCACAUUUUCGUAAGAAUUGCUGCACCGCCAGUGCGUGUCCCACAGUUGCAAAUCCUUGACCGGUUUUGCAGUAUGUGAUGGAGCAUUAUCAUGCAAGAAAAUCACGUUGUGUUGCCGUUUCUCUGUAUUCUGGUCGGCUUUCACCUAAAUUGGUUCCUUCUAGCAGCAUAAAACCCGGGUGGCUCUUGCUGUGUAUCAAGAAUUCCCCUCCACUGUACUCGUACUAGUUGGACUACUCGUCACCUAUUCUGUUCUGUGAUCGAAGCGUUUUGCGGUGGGAAAAAAGCAGGCUUGACUUCCAACUGUGACCAGAGAUUCCAAAUUUAUGAACUUAUCUUCCAGUUCAGUGCCGUCAAUAGUUCCUGUUCUUAGGAGGCGUUUCGUUGUUUUCUCUAGAGCCUUUUGCUACCAUAUAAUCGACGCAUUGAUUUGUAACCCAAUUCUGCUAGCUUUCCUUUUAAGUCUGGCGUAGAUUGCCUCCACCGUUCCAAGGUUUCUAAUAAUAAUGCCGUCUGGUGGUGGUCUGCAAAGGCUGGGAGUUGGCUACUUUUGCCGAAGAUCGUUCCUUUCGUUUCGAUGACCACUCGCGCUCUGCUCCAAUCGAAGGGACUCGAAUCCAGAGUAGCUUUGAUCAGCCGCGUCAGUUUGUCCGGAGAACCGCUCUCGUGCAUUAUCUGCCAUGACUGUUCGCGGUCGACUGUAUCAUACGCUGCCCCUGAAAUCUGCAAAAAUAUGUUGUGAAGGCACGCUUUAUUCCCUCAUUUCUGGAGCAUUUGUCGGACUGCUUUUCACCCAAAGCUCGAUUCUCCUGUGCUUAUCCAAGAUUUUUGACGUUUAGGAUUCUCGAAAGAAAUCCACUUUCCAUGGCUCCUCACAAUCCUGUGGAGGAAUUCAGAUGUUUGGAGAUGACUUUUUCAGUCAUACUCAAUUGCUCCGUGAGUCAUUGUUAUGUUUGUCUGUCAUCUUGGUCCAAAGCGGCUUGGAGUUCACUGUUCCUGAACGCUAUUCGUCUCUCACGACAAGCACUACGCUUUUCAAAAGCAUGUCCACUGUAACCUUCGACGAGUAUUCAAUAUCAUUCUGCAGUAGUUUUUUUUCUCAGAAAAGGAACGCCUUGGACUUAAACGUCUUUCUAAGACUUGAUUCUUCUUUAUCGCAGACUUCGCAGCCGGCUAAUUAGAGUACAGAACACAAUUACAGAGCUAGUGAAUCAAUCCUACUGACUUGAUCUAGCAGCACCGCCUAGCAGUGUUGCAAAGCCCACACUUGUGUGGUCUAAUUUUCUCGUUCCAACGAACACGCUGGCUUAUGCCAUCCCUUCGGACUCUUGCUCUUAUUUAUUCAUGCACUGCGACGAAUUUUUGCGUGUGUGUAUUUAGCUAACAGCCUAAACGGUCGUCGUUCUCGCACAUCAUUGCAACCCGAACUACUGAUAUCGAUCACUCGUGAGGGUUCGCACUGCCACCCCCGUUAGUAAUUAGUAAUCGAGGGCGAAGAUGAAGAAGAAAAGAAAAAGUUAUGCACAAUCUGUCUUCCAGUGCGCCAUUAGGCAGCUGAUUGCUCACGAGUUGUGAAUAAGCUAUGCAGGAAGACGACGUGAGGUUGUGCGUUCGCGGGUGUGUAGGUAGCAGAAUGUCAGAACUGUGCCCUCGAAGUUAAUUGAGCGGUUAAAAAAAUCAAUAGUCAGCAUUGAAACGUACUCCAAAUCGUACUGCCCGGGUACAAAAGCCGAGUGGUUCAAAGCUCUUCAAAGUUAGGCUGUAGAAUAAAACUUGUUUUGUUUCGAAUUUCAGUUCUUUGCAAGAUGUGAAAACAAGGCAAUGUUGUCAACCAUGCUGUAUGAUGAGGGAUUACUUUGCAUUGUGCCAUGUCAGGGGCGGUUCGUCUCCUCAUCUUCAGGGACGCUCUCGAAUCCCUCUGUGGCACCCUCGGUAAGGGUCGAAGCGAAGUGAUUGCAUAUCCUGCAUGCUUUUAGACUUCGCUUUUGAGGAGGAUUCAACAAGAGGGCAUCGAAACCAGACGACGAUGUUAACUGAGUGUGGUAUCGAUUCAGUGGAUUAAGCAAGGGUUAACUCUUAGAAAGGCGUUUUAUACCCAUGACUUUGCCUGUUUACAUUCACAGUUAGGGUCAUCUGUUGGCAAAUGGCUCUUUGCCUGGUAUAUAAAAGACGAAUUGCUAUCAGUUGCCAUCAUUGCUUUGAGCCAUGUUUGGGGGGGGGGUGGUUGUUGACGGCAUCAUUCUCCUCAUCCUGGUGAGCGGCUGAACUUCAGGUUAGGAGCAGCUCACGACAGCGUCUGAUCCGGAGCUGCCGGCUACAGUAAGAAACGUGUUGUCCCGACACUAAAGCCAAGCGUGAUAGACUGCAAACCAGUUAACACAGCUCUGGGUUAGUUUUACAAGAGUUGGGAAUGGACUUUGUUGUGUCUCUGUUUCGUGCGUGCCUCAGGGACGUUUCCGAAUCUCUUUGAGACUCGGCGAAGGUAGAAGCGAGGUAACGGCUAGUACUGCAUGCUUUUAGACAUCGCCCUUGAGGGGGUGGUCCAUCGAACGGACACCGAAACAAGACUUAGACGCCGGUCCGGCUGAAUGAAAGAAUGAAAUCAGAGUUCUCCUCUGCCGAUGGUUAAUCGCCAUGGCUUUUACCUGUUGCCAGGGUAGAUUCUCAUUUACAGCCUCUGGGUUUGUCUCUUCUACGUUGUCCGUCCGGAUUUCAGAAAACCCGUGUUUCUUCACUGUGUUAACCUCUCAUCACUGCAGCACAGAGUGCAAAUGCAAAUUUCCAAAUUCUGCUAUACCGGUUGUCACCCAAGGUCUCGUAGGGGAUCUAACAAGUGGGUUUCACGGAAAUUCGUGCCACUGCGCAACGAAUUUUUAGCAUCCGAUAGAUCUUGCAGAAAUGUCUAGAAUAUAACCUGCUCACCCAUCACAUAUUUGAGGGUUUCAAAGCAGCGUACGAUCUAGUCGACCGAGACCAAAUAUGUCAGAUAAUGCAAGAACACGGUUUUCCGACCGAACUGACAAGACUGGAUUGAGUAAUAUUGAACCGAGUGCAUGCUUCUCAAUGAGGGGGUGAUCCGUUCAGCGGACGAUUUUAGCAUAGGUAGUCAACCCCUAGACUUGUAAGAUGACUUUGAUUUUAAAGGUAGAAACUUUGGGACGGCGGAAUCAGUCUACGCAAUUUUGGUUAGUCUGGAAAUACAUGGAAGUUAGAGGCUCAAAGUAGUCGAUUGCGUGUCUCCCCUCGGACGGUAAUCGUUGAUGGCGAUCAACUAGAAGUGGUAGAUGAUUUCGUGUAUUUGCAAACUUCAAAGCGGAAAGUAGCGAGGUUGUAAAAAUCACAAACUCAUGCGUUGUUUGGAGAGAUUUCCCAUCGCUCGAUCAGGCUGAAAGCGACUGGCGACUUCUGAGACGUCUAGGAAAUUGGCCACGAGUAAUCCAGGAUCGAGUUAAACGAAGAGAACAGUUUGAAACAGUUCGACCAACCCGCGGGGAAUCGUUGCACUAGCCUCAAAAUUGUUCUCUGGUUCGCGGGUCGGUAUUGUAUUCAUAACUUCUAAUUGUUGUCAAUGAACAAAGCCCAUCAGCAACUAAAACCCUAUUUCUAAAUAGUUACUUUGAAAUUUGGCGUGCUUUUACACAAAGUUGCAGCAGUCAAGCCGGACAGUAAUGUUGGGACCGUCAGCAUCGGUUAAACAAUCUUAACUUGCAAAAUCAAUCAAUGAAAGUAAGCGGCCCAAUCGAACUUGUUAACAAUGCCAAAGGCAUGAAAUUUCUUUCAGUGUCAUUUUCGUUUGACGUUGUGCCAACCAUCCAUCCAUCCCCUUCACUGAAUUCAAUCAUAGCAAACUGGGUGAUUGAUUUUUUCCAAACACAAAAAUGCGGUGAAAAGUGCAGUGUUUUGGAAGACAAAACAAAAACGAAAUUUGCUUUUUCUCAAAUGGGCUCUUUACUAUGUGUGUUCAAGUUGUGAUAGUUUUCAUCAAGCAACGGAAAUUAACGCGAAAAGUUCAAUGGUGUAUUGUCCUUUUGUCCACCAAGAAGAAAACUAUUCCUCAGUCUGGAAGCCGUGAGAUGUAAGUAAGCUGGGAACACUUUUCGCAGAUUAGUUUCGGUUUUUGCUACCAGCAGGUUUUUCUUAAAGUGGUAAACCACGACCACCUUUUUAGGGCGCUGCUGGAGCUCUAAAUAACGUGGUCAGCACAGUCUCCAGCAGCAUUUUACCGUACCCAAAAACAAAGCUAACGACGCGCCAUACCCUAGUGUUAGAUCAAGCUCCCCGUCCCCCUCCCCCUUCCCGUUAGUAGCAGGUAGGGAGCAGUAACCGCAAGCGACAUACGGACCAACUUAAUUUGUUGUUAAGGACGCCGCACUAAGCAUAUUAUCUAGCAGUUUAAGUUUAUGUUAAUAACAGCCCAUAGAAGAAGAGUUAAGUGAGGUUUAGAUAUCUACACACACAGCUUCUAGAAUUGUUUGUUAAGGAAAAAAAACAAAAAAAAACUAACCAUUGUCGAGAGGAAACAAAAGCACACAGAAGAUUUAUAACUUUGUUGUUGUUGUUUUAUUUAUUUGUAACAUUUUGCAGAUUUUUUUGCUGACUAAGAACAAUUAACGUCUAAUAAACUGAGCGUAGUAGUAGAGUAACGCACUACUGCUGCUAAAGAAAAACCUAAACCAAUUCCGU